GUUUCCAUCUCACGGCUCCUCGUUGUGGACUGCAAAAACCACCAAGUAGCUCUGCAGUUUACGCAAAUCCUUUGCCACAAUGCCUCGAUAGUCGUUGCUCUUCUCCUUUCUUUUUCUCCUCUUAUUGAGUUGUAGCGCCAAACGGAGCGUCUCAAAAUGGGCAUCAAAGGAAUCUACAAGGAGAUUGGCCCCGGCGACCGCAUAUCUCUCUGCAAACUUGCCAUCGAUACCCUCGAACAAACGGGCCGGCCGCUCCGGCUCGCUAUUGACUUUUCAAUAUGGCAAUUCCAGGUGCAAGCAGCCCGGGGCGGCGCCAACCCAGCCAUCCGCACCCUGUUCUACCGCCUCACCCGCCUCCUCGGUCUGGCAAUCCGCCCGAUUUUCGUUUUCGAUGGGCCCAAUAAGCCCGCGUUCAAACGUAACAAGCGCUCCUCAGGCCGCGGUGACUCUGUAUCCAUUGCAAUGGCAAAGAGGUUGAUACGUCUCUUCGGUUUUACUAUUCACGAAGCCCCCGGUGAGGCAGAGGCGGAAUGCGCAAUGCUCCAACAGAAGGGCAUCGUCGACGCGGUUUUGAGCGAAGAUGUGGACACCAUCAUGUUUGGCUGCCGAAAAACGCUGCGGAAUUGGUCUGCCGAGGGCUCCAAGGGUUCCAAAACGCCAACCCAUGUCUCCAUGUUUGAUGCAGACGCGAUUGCGGCGGGGCCAACCAAGUUGGACAGGGAGGGUAUGGUGCUCGUCGCGCUGAUGAGUGGCGGCGAUUACCUCCCGGAAGGGGUUCCCGGGUGCGGCGUCAAGGUUGCCUGCGAGGCGGCGAGAGCUGGCUUCGGGCGGGACCUGUGCCGAAUUAAGAGGGCGGACAGGGACGGCCUGGCGGCUUGGAAGGCAAGGCUAUUGCAUGAGCUGCGGACCAACGAGAGUGGCUUCUUUCGCACGCGCCACAAGGCCUUGCACAUACCGGAGGACUUUCCAAACAUGGAGAUUCUGCGGUACUACACCCAUCCGGUUGUGUCGCGUGAGGCGGCCGUUGAUCGGGUAAAGAGAGAGUUUCUGGCCGCCGGCAACGUGGAUAUCGUUGGGUUGCGAGAAUUCACACGCCAGACUUUUGACUGGGAAUUCAAGAUCGGGGCGAUUAAGUUGAUCCGCGUCCUCGCCCCGAGUCUUUUGGUGCAAAAGCUCCUCGAGAGAUACGAAUUGGCGGAGCAGCACCCCGAUGACCUCGAACUCAAGCAGAAAGAGGAGUCAGCUCUGGUGAAGGCGAUCUCAAAUAAAAGAGCACACUUCAGCACAGAUGCAAUCCCUGAGCUACGGAUAUCCUUCGUCCCGGCUGAUAUCGUCAACUUGGACCUUGCCAACGAGCCGGAGGAAGUGGUCGAGGCGUUCGGCCGCAGCGGCAUCGCCUUGAACAGCGAUGACGAGUUCGACGAGGACGCUGCACAAGAAUUUACAGGCGAGCAAUCAAAACUUGGCGGCAGGAAACCUUUCGAUCCCCUUCAACCAGAGCUCGCUUGGAUCCCAGUGGCGCUUGCCAAGCUGGGCAUCCCUCUUACAGUGGAAGAUUGGGAGGGGAAGCAGCGGACAAAAGAGCAACGGGUUGCUGCGAAGCUUACAAAGAAGCAGAAAAGUAACAAGACGGACAUGCCAGUUGGAGCAUUGGAUAAGUACGUCAAGGUGAUCAAGAACCUAGGCAAUGACACCACGAACGACGCCCCGAAGCCAGAGCUCGCGUUAUCACCUCCCAGGAUUAACAGCCAGCGCAAUCCGCCCGCGCCAAAGGGAAGAAGUAAGCAGUACAAGAAGACGUCCAGCUCUUCCCAGGCCGAACCAGCAGCGGACCUCAAUCCCUGGACGCUCGCAAGCUUACAUGCCAGUCCCAGGGUCGCCAAGUCUCUUCCAUCUGCCACCUCGCAACCUCAACCCAAACCUAGCUCUACCCGGGAGACAAUUCUUAUCUCGUCUAGCCCGGCCGCCGCGGCGUCUCCUGCGGUGCCUCGUUCGAGUGUGAGCGAUCCGCCGACGACGCCAACAAGAGCGAAGAGGGUUAGUCCCUUGGUGGAGACAAAUCCCUCACCGCCGUCAGUGUUCCACGCGUCUCCAGGUCCGAGGGAGCACCGAUUGUCGGAUUCUGGAGAGCCAGUUGAGGAGGAGCAGUCGACUGGAUCUCCGCAGCUGCCCAGAAGAGCAAGGCCGUUCAAGCGGGUUAAGAGCGGAGCAGGCGACACCACCAGGCCAGCGCUGGCGCAAAAGUCGAUCAAGGGCUUUGGCCGAGUGUUGAAGAACCAAAGGCCCUCCCAAGAGAAAUCCAAGCGCGACAUUAACGACGCACAACAGAUUGAGAUCGUUUCAGAAGAUGACAAUGUGUCUCUGUCACCGCACAAGCGUUCCUUAACAUCAGAAUCCUCCGACUGCAAUCCCACCCCUCCCGGUGGUGGUGGUUUCAACAUCUCCAGCGACGAUGAUCCGUUUGCCGCGCUGCCACCACCUUGCCGAUUAGCAUCGCCGUGCUCUCGAGCAGUCUCUAUAGCCACACCUGAUGCUUCAAGCAAAAGCAAACAGGGACAGGAGGAAAAUGACGCGAUUGACGGCACGGAUACUGGCGAAGUUAGCACCGGCGGUGCAGCCACCGUGGUUCCGCCUGCACACAAGAGCACGAAAACCAAAAUUCUUAUCCCACGAACUAGUCUUGACGGCGAAGGCUACUUCACCACGCUCGAAGUCGAUCGUGAGGAUGCCGACAGAAUAAUGGCUGCUCACAACGAACGGGUGCUGCAAGGCAAGGCUCCGCGCCGACGGGCAUGGCGGCAGAGCGAGGUCUCGGUCCUGGAUCUCACAGGGGAAGAUUGAGAACGGAGAAUCUCGGGGUGGGUCAUAGGCAUGGGGCAGGAUCUCGCGAAGAUGACUAUGGAAUGAGACGAUGAUACCCCCUUCAAAUGUAAACGAAUUUGCGGUUUCAUACAAUA